GUCCACCAAUAGGAGGCCGUCUGUAAAAACACUCAGUCCCUCCCCUCGAGUGAAUGCCAGAGAGUUUCUUGAUGGCGACAGAUCUGCCAGUGAAGCAAAUUUAAAUGGUGGAAAUGGAAUAAAGUGUACAGAAGAUAAAACAAACAAAGAGGUAAAAGAAGAUUUGAAGAAUGGACGAAUCCUUUGAUCCACUUAAAUGUACGGAAGACCUGCCUUCCUCUCCUGGGUGUCAUAUGGAAUAUGAUGACAUGCCGGAGCUGCAGGAGGUGGAGGAGGACCAGAGGUCUCCGAACCUGUUCCAGGUCACACCUGGGCUGUCUCAUCAGGAGCUCAGCUGUUCUCCUAACACAAACUGGCUCGCUGAGCUCGCCAACAUCGCCACUAGCCCCCAGAGCCCCUUACUGAAGGAUGCUCCACACAAAAGAUCUUCUCCUGUCCAUAUUUUUGGUAACAGUAAUAGCUUACAUUCCUAUGCUCGGCCCCCAUUAGCUAGCAGUGCACCCAACCCGUCCAGAGGCCAUCUUCGGGAGCGCAGGCGUGUUCGGGCCAGCAGUGAAUCCGAAUCUGGGGUUUUCUCAAUGUCCUCCUCUUUCUCUGAUGAUGAAGACAUGGCCUGGUCUCACUCUUGGCCCACAACAGCAUGGCAUUGUUUUCUCAAAGGGACACGGCUCCGUUUCCACCGAGGGCCAAAUGUGGAGUGGCAGGAAGCAGACGAACUCAGAGACUCCGACGAUGAUUCUGAUGAGGAAACAAUGAUGCCCUCAACGUCCCUGAAAAGAUAUGGAUCAGAGGGGUUGAAGCUGAUGAGCCAUGAGGAGACUGUAUCUUAUGGUCAGGCAGUUCUUAAACUGACCUUUGACCCUGGUUCACCUGACCAAAGCCCUCUGACUGCUGAGUGUCGGUUGGACCACCCAUUUUUUGUAAAAAAUAAGGGGUGGUCCUCCUUCUAUCCAAGCCUUACUGUGGUGCACCAUGGUAUCCCUUGUUAUGAGAUGCAGCUUGGUGACGUAUGCCUGCCGCCAAACCACCCAGAUGCCAUAAACUGUGACGACUCAGUUGUCUUUGACACUUUCAGAAGCUAUGACUUCACCCCACUUGACUCUUCAGCUGUGUAUGUCCUGAGCAGCAUGGCCCGCCAGCGCAGGACCUCUCUGUCCAGUGGGGGCGCUGUGAGUCCAGACUGUGAUAAACUUGAACGCUCCUACUCCCCACAAUCCUCCAGCCACAGAUCCAGGGCACACACCUCAGGGACAACCAGCAGUGCCACGCCAACCAAAUGCAAGAGGCCCAUGAAUGCCUUUAUGUUGUUUGCCAAGAAGUACAGAGUGGAGUACACACAGAUGUAUCCUGGGAAAGACAACAGAGCCAUUAGUGUCAUUCUGGGUGACAAGUGGAAGAAGAUGAAGAACGAGGAGCGCAGGAUGUACACCAUGGAGGCCAAAGCUCUCGCAGAGGAGCAGAAGAGACUCAACCCAGACUGUUGGAAACGCAAGAGAACCAACUCGGGCUCACAGCAGACCUAGACAAACUCCCAGAAUCCCUUGCUGCGGGAGUUAGUGGCUGCAAUGGACAGAGUCAGUCGGACCGCUCCAUGCUCCUCCUGUAUUCUCAAGACUGUGAUACUGACUUCACUCUCUUUGUGUAACCUUGAAACCUUAUACGGACAUGUAAAGAACUAUGAACUAUACACAAACAUGUAAUCUAGUCACUAACCUUGCAUUAUAUUUUCUUAUCUCUUUUUAUGAUGCCCCAUUCCCCUUGGACAGGAUUGAAUUCAGGUUAUUUCAUACUCAAUAGUGGUGCUAUGCUUUGAAGCUGCAAUUUUAAAGCAUUUGAAUUUGUAAAAAAAAAAAAAAAAAAAAAUCCAUAGCUUUUUCUCAGAACGAUUAUAUUUGUAAAGCAUUGUUAAUCCUUUCAUACAUUUUAUACUACAGUAUAUAUUUGGCCAACAUUGUAUUAGUGUUAUUGUUGACUGUUGCCAUGAGUCGAGACAGCAUGCGGCAUGUGGUAGUGGUAGUAGUAGUAGUAGUGGUGGUGGUGGGUUUUUCAGUCACAAAGCACUACAGGCCUUUACUGUAAGUGUUUAUUCUUAUUGCACUUUAUAUAAAUAUGUAAUCUAAUAUACAGCCAAUGUAUAUGAAAACCAUUUGUAUCAUAUAGUAUGCAGUAGCUAUAGUAGUUAGUUGUUGACAAACCAUGGUCUUAUAUGGUCAUGAUCUGCUUUCAGGAUUGCUAUUGAAUUUCUAAUGCAUUUGUUCAUAUUGUACAGGAUCAUAGCCCACACAACCUCUUGCACAAAAUAUCCUUGUAUCAUAUUAUAAAUACUUUUUUAAACUUUCAUCUUAAAAGUGUUGGUGUUUAUUACAAACUUUAAAGGUUGAAUAUGCAAUCUUUCUGGUGAAGACUGGGCAGUAUGCCACCUGCUUAUCUCCUUGCAGAUACUAAUGCUUUGUCUGGGUUGUUUCACGUGGCAUUAAACUUAUCUAUUUUCAGAAUUACCCUGAAAAUGCAUUCUUACUGUGAGCAGGGCUGCCUUUCCACAGACCUGAUCGAUAACUUGGCUUGAUGCUGUUAACUGCUUGACUCUAUAGAGCUAGAUAAGUUUAUGCCGUGCUGUUGACAUCUCCAUGGAGACAAGGUGGCUGACCCUCCAUCAGAAAAGUUUCAUAGUGCACCUUUAUUGGGAAAGAAAGGAAAUUUCAAAACAAGAUGGUAUGUAAAUGCAAUGAUGGACAAAUGUUACUGUAUUGUAUUUACUUUUGACUAGACAGCAAAUGCCAACUAAAUGACAACCCAGAAAAUUCUUGGCUAACAAAGUACCACUUAUGGAAAUACUAAGCAUAAACAUAAACAAAUACUAUAUCGAUAUAUAAUUAAAACUUGUGUAUAAUUAAAAGUAGAGCAGAACUAAGAACAUAGGUAAAACCAGUAUAUCCAAUAUGUUUUCUAAAUUAUGGAAACAUCGAACUUAAAUGUUAUAAACCUUUUGCUGCUUUUUUUUAUAUUGCCACGACUCAAUUUUUAAUGUGUUGUCAUGAAAUAAAAACAAGCAAUAAAAGGUGUCACUGGC